AUGCGCGGUUUCAUCACUCUGGUGUCCUACUGUUCAACUUGCUGUAAUCCGAUUACAUAUUGUUUUAUGAAUCAACGAUUCCGUGCUGCCUCCAUAGCGCUGCUCGGCUGUCAAAAAAAAACAAAUCUGCAACGCCCUUUCCAUGACCCUACAAGCGAUAUGCGCCACGGUAACAAGGGUGCUAUACCUCUUCAGCCCACUUCUGCAGCCGCUCCAUAG